AUGGCACCAUCAGCCAUUCUCUUUCUGACAUUUAGUGAGCUGGGCCAGGCAACCGUCAGUUUAGCCGUGGCCCAUGAGUUUCUCAUUCGCUCUUAUGAUGUCCAUAUUGGCUCGUUUGCUCCUUUAGAGCCCGCUGUCUCCAAGCUCAAUGCUCGUGCCACAUACCUGUCAUCAGUGACAAAUCGUGCCACUUUCCAUCCAAUCACUGGCCCUCCCAUGAUAGAGGCCAAUGCUUGGUUCGAUAUACGUACCGAUUCAUUUCACGUUCAUAAUGUCGGAUUCCGAGCAGCCCUGGACACAUACAAGCACGUCCUGCCUGCAGUGGCAACCCCGUGGGAUGGCCCGCAGUAUAUGGCCAUAUACCAAGACUGCUGUAGCCUCAUGCGCACGCUCCAGCCAGCCAUUGUUGUACUUGAUCCACUCUUCUUACAGGCAGUUGAUGCGUGUCGCAUGCUAGAACAGCGCUAUGUGGCCUUGUCUCCAAACACAUUUAAGGAACUGACGAGACAGCCGAGGUUGGAGAACCUGUGGAAGCUUCCAAUGAUGUCUUCUGGUUUCCCUUAUCCCUUACCUUGGUACCUGAUUCUUCCAAACGCAUAUCUUGCCAUUCGGCUGCUAUUAACCCUUUUGGGCAAUCCAAGAGCCCGAGAGCUCGCGGAAUAUCGUGAUGCGCACGGGCUGUCGAGUGUAACCUCUGCACACAUCCCGGAACAGCUGAGCAAGGACAAGACUGUAGUUCUCCUCCCGGCCAGACAAGAGACUGAAAUUCCUUGCUACUUUCCCGACAGCUUCACACUGUGUGGUCCCAUACUGUGCCCUUAUGCUCCGGUUGCCGAAGAGGAUCCAGAGCUGGCUUCUUGGCUCGGACGACGGCCAACAGUACUGGUGAACCUGGGGUCACAUGUCACGUAUACGAUUGAUGUUUUGAAAGAGCUCAUGGCGGGAUUCCGCAUGCUCCUGGAUAAGAGGCCGGAUGUCCAAAUCCUAUGGAAAAUCAAGUCAAGCUCCGGUACAACUCUCGAGGACAUCAUGCCCGACAAUCUUCGUACGGCCGUCGCAGAGGGACAAGUUCGCGUUGAGCCGUGGUUGGCAGCAGAGCCUAUUUGCAUUCUCACGAGUGGCCAUGUAGAAUGCAUGGUUCACCAUGGGGGGUCCAAUUCUUAUCAUGAAGCGAUACGGGCUGGCGUGCCACAGGUCAUCCUUCCCGUCUGGCUCGACACCUACGAUUUCGCCAUGCGUGCAGAAUGGCUAGGCAUUGGGAUUUGGGCAAGUCGCAAGACUGCGCCAGUCGUCAAUGGACCGGAAUUGGGGCAGGCUCUGAUUCGGGUGCUGGCAGGUGCCGCGAGCGAGUCGAUGCGACACCGGGCGAAAACUAUUGCAGCUGAAUUGGGGCCAAAAGAUGGACGAGUCAUCGCAUCAUGGCUCGGCCUGGGCAACAUCGGCCGGGGUAUGAGCCGCAACAUCGCCCUGAAAGGCCCCCAGACCACGCCCAUAAUCCUCUACAACCGCACAACAUCCAGAGCCACCGCUUUUGCCGAGUCAAUUGGGUCCAACAAAGCCACCGUCGCCACCACCAUCCCCGAAGCCGUGCAACAGGCUACAAUCACCUUCAUCUGUGUCGGCGAUGACCAAGCCCUCGACCAGAUCAUCAACACCAUCGUCUCCGACUCCUCCUUGGAUCUCACCUCCAAACUCAUUGUCGACUGCUCCACCGUCCACCCCAACACCUCCCGCCGCAUCCACGCCACCCUCCUCGAGCGCGGCGCCACCUUCGUCGCCUGCCCCGUCUUCGGCGCCCCCAACAUGGCCGACGCAGGCCAGAUGAUUGUUGUCCCGGCUGGAAAGCAAGAAGCAAUCGACAGACUGCAGCCGUUCUUCGAGGGCGUCACGGCAAAGGCUACCCUCCCCUUGCCCGGCGACGACGUCGGCCGUGCCUCCCAGCUCAAGAUCCUAGGAAACACUUUCAUCCUCAACACCGUUGAGACCGUCGCGGAGGGGCUCGUGCUGGCAGAGAAAUCCGGUCUCGGUGCCGACAUGUACCAGAAAUGGAUCCACACGUGGCUGGGUGGGCCGUUCGCGAAGUAUGCGGAUCGCAUGGUCGAAGGCGAUUACCACAAACGUGACGAGCCUUUGUUUGCGGUCGACUUGGCUAGGAAGGAUCUGGGUCAUGCGACUAGCAUUGCGCAGGAUGCGGGGAUGAGAUUGAGGAGCGUGGAGGUUACUGAUGCGUAUUUGCAGGAGGUGAAGAAGGAGAAGGGCGUGAAGGGUGAUGUUGCGGGUGUUUAUGGGGCGAUUCGAAAGGAGUCUGGCUUGCAGUAUGAUAAUUAA